AUGCACCGUUUGCUAGCCAAAAGAAUGUUACUAGGGUUUAAUAACAUUGAAAGCUUGCAAAAUCCAACUUGCAUUUUGAGCAAAAUUCCCAAAACGCCACGACGACCGUGUGAGGUUUUCAUUAAUCAUAGGGGAAUCGAUACAAAGAGAACGAUAGCAUCUUUGCUGUACGAUCACCUGGUACGUCUUGGAGCUCGUCCAUUCUUGGACAACAAGAACAUGAAGCCAGGUGAUAAACUGUUCGACAAAAUUGACGAUGCAAUAAAGGGUUGCAAGGUUGGAGUUCUCGUGUUUUCUCCUCGCUAUUGCGAAUCGCAUUUCUGUCUUCACGAGUUAGCCCUAAUCAUCGAAGCUAAGAAGAAGGUGAUUCCCAUCUUUUGUGACGUUAAGCCAUCUGAACUUGUGGUUGGCCCGGAAAUGAAUGAAUACGUUCCUCCGGAUCAGAUAGAGAGGUUUAAAUCGGCUUUGGAGGAGGCCAAAUUCACUGUGGGCCUUGCCUUUGAUUCCACCAAAGGGAAUUGGGCAGAAGUACUUACAAAAGCUGGGGACAGAGUGAUAGAGAGCUUAGAAGAGGUUGGGAAUCAUGAAGAUGAUGAGGCAGUGAAUUAA